GUUAUGCUUCCUCAGUGCUGCGGUGAGGAGGGACCACUGCGCUGCCAACGUGUCUGCUUCGUUUCUUUCCGGACGCUCGACACUCUCUUUCUUUCCGAUGACCUCCUUUAUCUCAGCCUGGAUUUGGAGCGAGAGGUUCUGGCUUCCAGAGAAUGUGUCCUGGGCUGACGUGGAGCACCCGCCGGCCGGAGCGGAGUACCCGAACCUGCGGCGCAUCAUGCUGUGCGCCCUGCCCCUGGCUGCCGGGGUGCUGCUGCUCAGGCGGCUCUUCGAGAGACUGGUGGCCAAGCCCUGUGCCCACAUACUUCAGAUUCAGGAGGGAGUGCCUCGGCGAGCUCAGCCCAACGCGGUCCUGGAGAGGCUCUAUCAGUCCAACACGUGUCCAGACAGUAAACAGCUGGAGGGGCUCUCCAAGCAGCUGGACUGGGAUGAACGAAAAAUACAGAGAUGGUUCCGUGUCCGUCGGAACCAAGCCAGGCCCAGCAUGCAGAAGAAGUUCUGCGAGAGCAUGUGGCGAUUCACAUUUUACUUGGUGAUUUUUAUCUACUCUCUAGGCUAUUUGUGGGUGUCACCGUGGAUGUGGGAUAUCAGACAGUGUUGGUACAACUAUCCGUUUCAGCCUCUGGCUCCUGGACAAUACACUCAUUAUGUUGCUGAGCUGGCUUUCUACUGGUCUCUGAUGUUUUCCCAGUUUACAGACAUUAAACGGAAGGAUUUCUUCAUCAUGUUUGUCCACCACCUGGCCACCAUACUCCUCAUCACUUUCUCUUAUGGCAACAACAUGCUAAAAGCUGGCUCUUUGGUCAUGUGUGUCCACGAUGCAUCUGAUGUCUUCCUUGAGGCUGCCAAGUUGGCCAACUAUGCCAAGUACCAGAAGCUGUGCGACGCCUUGUUUGUGUUGUUCAGCGUGAUCUUUUUCCUCACGCGACUCGUCAUCUUUCCUUUCUGGAUUGUUUACAGCGUUCUGUUUGACAGCUGGGAGAUCAUUGGGCCGUAUCGGGCAUGGUGGCUGUUAAAUGGGCUGCUGCUGGUCCUGCAGGUUCUUCACAUCAUCUGGUUCUACUUAAUUACCGGCAUCGCAAUCAAGGCUAUCUUCAAGGGAAAGGUGUCAAAAGACGAUCGCAGUGAUGUAGAAAGCAGCUCAGAUGAGGAGCUUCCCUCCAGCAGCAGUAAAAACUGUCCCACCCCCAAACUGAAGGGCAACAGUCACACCAGUGACCUGAAUGGAGAAACUUGCGACCACUGAGUGGAAAUCGAUUAUUUCUGUGACGCGGUCUUUCAUCAAUCAUAUUCCAGUCGGAUCUAAUUUCAGGUUUUUUCUUUUUUACACAUUAUUAAAUGAUAACCAAAACUGUGCCUUUACUGAUGGAGAUUUUCAUUGAGAUGUUUAUAUCUGAUGUUUACCGUCACAAGUUUACAGAAUUUAUUUUUGUGUUAAUUGGCAGCGGUUGCAGAACUGCUUCUAAUGCUACUGCACAUGAAAUGCUGUAAAAUAAAUAUAUCAUCGUAAUUUAUUUAAUUGUUCAAAAAGGUGCUGCUUAUGAUUCCAGAUGCUGAACAUCAAAGAUCUUUGAUCAAAUUUAAAUGCUUUAAAUCCAGUCAUGCAGAUUUUUUUUUUCUAUGUAAUAAAGGACUUU